CCUACACUGUUCUGCUGUAUACCUUUAGGCUAUGCUAUGUGGUCAGUGCUCUGUGCUGUUUGCUGUCUUGACCUCGACCCUGAAGCCUUUGAUACAGGUUCCAUUUUUGAAGAGUCACCUCUGCUCUGGAGGUCUGGGAUGUCCACUUGAAGGAGAUCUACAGGAGGAGAUUCCUUUGGAAAUCUGCAUCACGCUCUCUCUUUGGAUCUUUACAUGACCCGUGAUAGUGGAUGUCUGACAUGUUCACAACUCUGAGAUUUUAGAGGCCUGUCCCCACAUUUUUGUCGAAGUCCUCUGCGCUGGAGGAUUGAAGUGUCCUGGUAGAGCUGAAAGCCAUCCUAGGAUUCUGGCUGAGUUGUAUUUAGAGUGUUGUACCCUGCUCUGUGGGAAGGCUGAGGGGGAACCGGGCAACAUGCCCACCCUCAACAGCCUGGGCAAGCUGUGUAGCUCCAACCGUAGCCACACAGUGGACCGCCUCACCCGCAUCAAACAUAAAAACUCAGUCAAGCGCAUGUCCAUCAUUGAGGACGGUCAAGUGGCUGAGGUGCUCUACCUCAUUCCCAAAGUGUACAUGCAGCAGCUGCCGUACCUCAACCCUAACGACUAUUACCUGAGUGAGAGACUUAUCGAUCUGGCACCAGUGGCACAUGCUCAGGAUGCACACAAUUCCAAUGAGAAGCCUCUGAUCCAGUGCUACAAGUGUGGGGAGCCAUGUAAGGGUGAGGUGCUGAGGGUGCAGUCCAAGCACUUCCACCUGAAGUGCUUCACCUGUAAAGUGUGUGGCUGUGACCUGGCUCAGGGAGGCUUCUUCAUGAAGAAUGGAGACUACCUGUGUACCCUGGACUACCAGCGAAUGCACGGGACGCGCUGCAAUGGCUGUGGGGACUUUGUGGAGGGAGAGGUCGUCACUGCUCUGGGCAAGACCUACCACCCCGCCUGCUUCGUCUGCACCAUCUGCAAACGACCGUUUCCUGCUGGGGAUAGGGUCACCUUCAAUGGCAAAGACUGUCUGUGUCAGUACUGUGUCCAGCCCACAUCCCCAGGACCCGGCAAAGACAUCAUCGACUCCAACUGCUGUACGGGCUGUGGUAGAGACAUUAAGAAUGGUCAGGCUCUAUUAGCUCUGGAGAGACAGUGGCACCUGGGCUGCUUCAAGUGUAAGGCAUGUCAAAAAGUCCUCACUGGGGAGUACAUCAGCAAGGAUGGCACACCCUAUUGUGAGAAGGACUACCAGGUCCAUUUUGGGGUCCAAUGCGAAGCCUGCCAGCAGUUUAUCACAGGCAAAGUGCUGGAGGCAGGGGACAAACACUACCACCCCAGCUGUGCACGAUGCAGCAGGUGCAACCAGAUGUUCACAGAAGGAGAAGAGAUGUACCUGCAAGGAUCAACAGUGUGGCACCCUGGCUGUAAGAACACAACCAGAACAGAGGAAAGACAUAGGGAACGGCUGUUGCCUCCGUCACUAUUACUCCUCCACAAAACAGAAAGGCAGCCUUCGAGGUCGUCGUCCGAGAGUAUCUGUUCCAGACCUGGUUCAAGCAUACCUGGCUCACCGGGUCAUACCAUAUAUGCAAAAGUAGACAAUGAGAUCCUUGAUUACAGGGACCUAGCCGCCAUUCCCAAAGUCAAAGCCAUUUAUGACAUAGAGCACCCUGAUCUGAUUACCUAUGAGCCUUUGUACACCAUGUCCCUGGAUGAGAGGGAGGAGAGGAGGGAGAGUGUGGGAGAGCUCCAUACUGCGAGAAGGGAGCGUUCCUCCAUGCCAGACGACAAGUCCUCAAGAAACAUGUCACCUACACCGUCUGCUGAGGGCUGCUAUGACAUGAGGGAACGCAUCCUCCAGAGGUCCACCAGUCAGGGUUCUAUCGGAUCACACGUCUACAAUCGCAAUAGUUACACCCCGUUGUCACGCUCACCGCAGCAUUUUCACAGACCAGAAACUCUGACAGGCAUGCAGAAGCUCUGCUCUGACCUGUGCAGUAACAGCCAUAGUGACUCCCGCCCCACCUCCCCUUUCAGACACCACUUCCUACCCCAUAGCCAAGGCACUGAUCCACCCAGCGGGCGGAGCUCCCCUAUACCCCAACGGCCAGAGAGCCGGCCGGUCACUCCGCCUCUCUCUCUGACCCCUAAACAUUUCCACCUCCCAGAUCAGGGGAUCAACAUUUACAGGAAACCACCCAUCUACAAACAACACGGUUCAGAAGGAGGGAGGAGACGGUCUAGGGAGGAAGAGGAAGAGGAGGCUAUGAAGAGAAAGCAGAUCCAGGAGGAGCAAAUCAACAAGAUCCAGUCUGGUUUGGGGAAGCUGAUAAUGAAAGAGGAGAAUGAAAAGGAGCAGAUCAGGGAAGGUCAUGCACGCAGCCAAUCAGCUCAGCGCUAUGAACCUCAGCAGAACAACUAUGAUGGAGAUGAUUCCAAAACUUCCUCGCUGCCUGGUUAUGGACGGAAUGGAUUACACCGGCCUCAGUCCACAGAUUUCACUCAGUACAACAGCCAUGGGGACAUGUGUGGGGGAGGAAGAGAGUUUCAGCACAUAAGGGAUGGCUGUGCCGCAGUAACAAGAAUGGACAGGGGAGUAUCUAUGCCUAAUAUGUUGGAACCAAAAGUCGUACCAUAUGAAAUGCUCACGAUAACCAGUAGAGGGCGAGCUAAACUGCCCAGGGAGGUGGACAGAACAAGACUGGAGCGCCACUUAGCCCCAGAAACGUUCUUUGACAUCUUUGGGAUGGAGAUCCAGGAAUUUGACAGGCUUCCACUGUGGAAACGCAACAACAUGAAAAAGAAGGCCAAGCUCUUCUAGCAGUCAGAGCAGCAUGCACUCAUCCCAUCCCAUAAGAUAGCAAUCUACUCUACCACUGUAACAUAGAUGUAGGAUUUGUUUUGAUUUUCCCCCUUUCCCUCUUUUUUGACAUGUUCAAGGAAGCAAUGAAAUGGACUCUUUUUACUCUAUACUUCCUCUACGGACUGAAUACAUAAUUAACAAACCGAUAGAUGCUACAAGGAAAUAGAAUAAACCCAUUUCUUAAGUGUUCAAAAA